CGUCCUGAUAUCACUCCGCUGGCAUGGAGGAGGAGGAGGAGGUGGAGGAGCGAGAGGAGGAGGAGGAGGCGGCGGCGGCGGCGAGCAGUUGAUCAUUGUGAUGGUGGCAGGAGCAGCGGCGGCAGCGGCAGCCCAGCCGAGCGUUAGGGGCUGCUCUCCGCGCGGCGUUUUGCAAAGGACUUCACCGAUCUACUUUUGCAGUCGCCUCGGACUGUCCAUGUGUUUACUUCCCCCAGCCCGAGGAUUCGAUAUCUAGGUUCCUGUGAAAUGCAACUGAGCAGCCAAAGUACUUUGAGAACACGGGGCGGCAUAAACACCAAAACUUUUUUGUGGAAGGAAAAUGCAAUAAGCAAGCUUGCCGUUUUCCGAUGCGGUGUGGAGUGAGUGUGUGUCGCGCGUGUCCGCACUGGAGGCAUAUGCUUGUGUGUGUACAUGGGGUGUGUUUUUCGGUACGUAGGGAGAAAAUGCUUGCCAACCACCGGAAAUCUCCUGGAAUUUAUUAGAAAAUAAUGGAUUAUAAAAAGAAGGCAGGCGAGGAGCGGAUCUCCCCUUGAGUUGCAACCCGAUUUGCUGCUGGCUCAGUUUGUUGAUUCUUUUUGUUGAUAGGUGUCUGAUGGCAUUCUGAUCCCCCCUUUUUUCUCCUUGAGCUUUACAGUUUAAAAGAAAAAGGGAAACAAAAAAAAACCCACCCCCAAAUCUCUCCCCCUUUUUUUUUCGCCCCGUCGGGAUCGCUGUUUCCAUCCAUGUGCUUGCGUCUCCCCCGCGUUCCACUUAAACUAUUUUAAUCCUUGGACCCAAGGAGGAGGCUGAUAGGGAGGUGGAUAAAAAAAGUUCUUCCAAAAUAGUGUGCCCGGGGAGCAGGAUGGGGGAUUUCGCAGCCCCCGCUGCUGCCGCGAAUGGCAGUAGUAUUUGCAUCAACAGUAGCCUGAACAGCAGCCUCGGCGGGGCCGGGAUCGCUGUGAAUAAUACUCCCAAUAGUACUCCAGCUGCUCCGAGUAGCAAUCACCCCGCUGCCGGCUGCGGCGGCGGCGGCUCCGCGGGCCCCGGGGGUGCCUCGGCGGCGGUUCCCAAGCACAGCACCGUGGUGGAGCGGCUCCGCCAGCGCAUCGAGGGCUGCCGGCGGCACCACGUCAACUGCGAGAACAGGUACCAGCAGGCUCAGGUGGAGCAGCUGGAGCUGGAGCGCCGGGACACCGUGAGCCUCUAUCAGCGCACCCUGGAGCAGAGGGCCAAGAAAUCCGGCGCCGGCACCGGCAAGCAGCAGCACCAGAGCAAACCCCAGCAAGAUGCGGAGGCUGCCUCGGCGGAGCAGAGGAACCACACGCUGAUCAUGCUCCAAGAGACUGUGAAAAGGAAGUUGGAAGGAGCCCGAUCACCUCUUAAUGGAGACCAGCAGAAUGGUGCUUGCGAUGGGAGUUUUUCUCCAACUAGCAAGCGAAUACGAAAGGACAUUGCCACAGGGAUGGAAGCCAUCAGCAACAUGCCACUACCUUCCGCUUCUCCUCUUCACCAACUUGACCUGAAGCCUUCUUUGCCCUUGCAGAAUAGCGGCACUCACCCUCCCGGACUUCUGGAAGAUCUAAGUAAGAAUGGUAGGCUCCCCGAGAUUAAACUUCCUGUCAACGGGUGCAGUGACCUGGAGGACAGCUUCACCAUCUUGCAGAGCAAGGACCUCAAGCAGGAACCUCUAGAUGACCCCACUUGCAUAGACACAUCAGAAACGUCUCUUUCAAAUCAGAACAAGCUAUUCUCGGACAUUAACUUAAACGACCAGGAGUGGCAAGAAUUAAUAGACGAGCUGGCCAACACGGUUCCUGAAGAUGACAUCCAGGACCUGUUCAAUGAGGACUUUGAAGAGAAGAAGGAGUCAGAAUUCUCGCAGCCGGCGACCGAGACCCCGCUCUCCCAGGAGAGUGUGAGCGUGAAGAGCGACCCCUCUCACUCUCCUUUUGCACACGUCUCCAUGGGGUCUCCCCAGGCGCGGCCUUCUUCCUCCGGUCCUCCCUUUUCUGCCAUCUCCACGGCCACUAGUUUACCCUCCGUUGCCAGCACGCCCGCCGCUCCAAACCCCGCCAGCUCACCAGCAAACUGUGCUGUCCAGUCCCCGCAAACUCCAAACCAAGCCCACACUCCAGGCCAAGCUCCACCUCGGCCCGGAAAUGGUUACCUCCUCAAUCCGGCAGCAGUGACAGUGGCUGGUUCAGGGUCGGGCCCCGUGACUAUGCCCAGCUCCGACAUGUCCCCAGCGGAGCAGCUAAAACAGAUGGCUGCACAGCAGCAGCAAAGGGCGAAACUCAUGCAGCAGAAGCAGCAGCAGCAGCAACACGCGAAUCAGACUUCCAGUUGGUCUCCUUUAGGGCCACCAUCCAGUCCAUAUGGCGCAGCUUUCACUGCAGAAAAACCAAAUAGCCCCAUGAUGUACCCCCAAGCCUUUAACAACCAAAACCCUAUAGUGCCUCCAAUGGCAAACAACCUGCAGAAGACGACAAUGAAUAACUACCUCCCUCAGAAUCACAUGAACAUGAUCAAUCAGCAGCCAAAUAACUUGGGUACAAACUCCUUAAACAAACAGCACAAUAUUCUCACUUAUGGCAACACUAAGCCUCUGACCCAUUUCAAUGCAGACUUGAGUCAGAGAAUGACGCCACCCAUGGCCAACCCCAACAAAAACCCCUUGAUGCCGUACAUCCAGCAGCAGCAGCAGCAGCCACAGCAGCCGCAGCCACAGCCACAGCAGCAGCCGCCGCCACAGCUCCAGGCUCCCAGGGCACACCUGAGUGAGGACCAGAAACGCAUGCUUCUCAUGAAGCAGAAAGGGGCGAUGCACCAGCCCCUGGCGUACGCGGCCCUUCCGUCCCACGGGCAGGAGCAGCACCCGGUCGGGCUUCCCCGGACCACCGGCCCCAUGCCAUCCUCCGUGCCCCCAGGCUCAGGCGGCAUGGUCUCUGGCGCCAGUCCUGCAGGUCCCGGCUUCCUGGGCAGCCAGCCCCAGGCAGCCAUCAUGAAGCAGAUGCUCAUCGAUCAGCGGGCCCAGCUGAUGGAGCAGCAGAAGCAACAGUUCCUGCGGGAGCAGAGGCAGCAGCAGCAGCAGCAGCAGCAGCAGCAGCAGCAGCAGAUUCUGGCCGAGCAGCAGCUGCAGCAGCCACACCUGCCCCGACAGCACCUCCAGCCGCAGCGGAGCCCGUACCCGGUGCAGCAGGUCGGCCAGUUUCAAGGUUCUCCGCAGGAUAUCGCGGCUGCGAGGAACCAAGUAACCCUCCAGAACAUGCGGACGUCGCGGCUGAUGGCCCAGAACACAGGCAUCAUGGGAAUGGGACCCUCGCAGAACCCAGGGACGAUGGCCACGGCCGCCGCGCAGUCAGAGAUGGGACUGGCCCCGUACAGCACCACGCCGACCAGCCAACCCGGAAUGUAUAAUAUGAGCACAGGAAUGACCCAAAUGUUGCAGCACCCAAACCAAAGUGGCAUGAGCAUCACACACAACCAAGCCCAGGGGCCGAGGCAACCCGCCUCCGGGCAAGGGGUCGGGAUGGUGAGUGGGUUCGGUCAGAGCAUGCUGGUGAACUCGGCCAUGACCCAGCAGCAUCAGCCGAUGAAAGGGCCGGUGGGCCAGGCCUUGCCGAGGCCCCAGGGCCCGCCCAGGCUGCAGAGCAUUAUGGGAACGGUCCCGCAGGGAGCCCAGAGCUGGCAGCAGAGGAGCUUACAGGGGAUGCCCGGGAGGACUAGUGGAGAACUGGGUUCGUUCAACAACGGCGCCAGCUACCCACUUCAAGCCGGCCAGCCGAGGCUGGCCAAGCAGCACUUCCCACAGGGACUGAGCCAGGUCGUGGACGCUAACACCGGCACGGUGAGAACCCUCAACCCGGCUGCCAUGGGUCGGCAGAUGAUGCCGCCCCUCCCAGGCCAGCAAGGCACCAGCCAGGCCAGGCCGAUGGUCAUGUCUGGCCUAGGCCAGGGCGUCCCCGGUAUGCCCGCGUUCGGCCAGCCCCCAGCACAGCAGCAGAUGCCCAGUGGCAGCUUUGCCCCAAGCGGCCAGAGCCAAGCCUAUGAGCGGAACGCCCCUCAGGACAUGUCAUACAGUUACAGUGGCGAGGCGGCCGGGGCUUCCUUCCCUGGUCUCUCAGACAGUGCCGACCUCGUGGACUCCAUCAUCAAAGGUGGGCCGGGGGACGAAUGGAUGCAGGAGCUCGACGAAUUGUUUGGAAACCCCUAGUCAGGAGGGGCCCCGAGAGCCACAACUCCAGUGGUGAAAGCAUAAAACGUGAAAAAGAAACAGGAUGUGGAUCCAUCCUCGUUUUUUUUUGUUUUUUUGACCCACGUAAACUGAGCAAAACUGCAGCUGGCUGACGGUGGAAGAUCCAGGUGCCAAUCCACGGCUCCGCUGGGCCUCGUUUCGCCUGAUUUUCACACAGCAGUCAAGACGAGAUGCCGGUGCAGAUUCCAGCUGCAAGAGAGGAAGACACAGCAGAGGCAGGUGGGGAAGACGCCUGAGCCCCCUGCUCGGCGCACUCUCCGACCGCCUGGCCCCAGGCGCCGAGACUGCAGCUUUGGAGACACAAGAGACAGAGCCGCGGGCCAGGGAGAGCCCCACAGAGGCUGCUGGGUGGUCGCACAGGUCGGAAAUGCACUGAGCUCCAGCUGGAAGGAGACGCCAGGCGUGGAGACCUGCUGCCGCGCGUGGAGGGCGGGCAGGAGGAGCAGCGACGUGUCGCAGGGACACCGCAUAGGGUCCUGCAGGCCUGUCUCCCGCCCCUGAUGACUCUCAGAAAUCUCAGAGGCUUGCUUUCAGCUGCCUCGCAAGGACAGUCAAGUGAGCUGGGAGGAAGGCCCGUCCUGGGCGCAGCCCUCUGCUGGUGACCACGGUGGCCAGCACUCCGGGUGGUUGGGCUGGAGCCUCCUGGAAGCCCUUACGAUAGUGACACAUCAAGGCAGUUGCCGUCUACUUCCGACGCCACAGGGUGGGGAGACCCUGGCAGAUGCUCCGUGCCUGCCAGCGCGGCCGCCUUUCUUCCCAGCCCCUGCCCUCGUCCUUCCUUGUGUUCACCCCAGUGCCCUUGCAGCUUCUCGCCGACUAUCCAAAAAGAAAUGAAGCUUUCGUCUUUAGGGAGCCUGGGCAGCAUCAAAAUAAAUGCAAGACGACUUCGGACAGUGCCCGAAAAGCAAAGGUGACAGUGGCAUUUUCCUUCUCUACCCACGUGUAGAGUUGAAUGAAUAGUUGGUCUCUGCCUGGAACUGUGCAGGCUGCUCUGAUGCUCGGUGGGUUUACGCGUGCCACAUCCGAUACUUCUGGUGUACCCAAGGAGGACCGGCCUGGAGCUCGCCGACUUGGGCUCCCUUUGGGACAAUCCCGGGGUUGAUGCUCUGAACUCGGCCUUGCCCUUAAUCCCUACUCACCAGAAAGACAAAUCUGAACCCCUGAGAGGCAAGGCGCGGAAAACUCAAUUGCUCCACCUUCUACAUUUUGAUAAUAAAAGGGAGGAAGAAAUGGUUCCUUUCAUAUGGGCAAAGUAAUCCACUUCAAAACACCUGUACAGUUGUUUCCUUUGUAAUUCACUGAACUCUGCCCUAACUGAAGUCUGUGUCGGAAGGGAUCAACAACCUCCGGGAUCACAAGGCUUGUCUCUUAUUUACAAGGACUUAUCUGUCCCGCGUUGAAAGCCAUGUGGCAUAACCCUUGUCCUAAGCCAGGGAGAGCGGUGUGUGCUUUUCUCCUCCCACACGCUUCCUCCAUGUCCGAACGACUGGCUCCCUUCUGUGCAGUCACACGCAGCUCGCCACACCGGAGCCCGGGCUGGGUGCCAUGGACAGCUGGGCCGGCUGCACCCGGAGGAAGGUCUCAAGAAGGGGGGUUCGGAUAGAAAGCUGGGGGCAGAGGAUGUAAAGAGGCAGCAGGCAGGCAAGCGCUUCACUUGACUUGCUUGCCAGGUACCAAGGUCAUGGGUCUCCUCAGCAAAGGGCAGGAUGGAGGCAGAGGCGGCCAGGUGGGGAAGAGCCAAGGGCCACGCGCUCUCUGGGAAGUGGUGGUGUCGGGAGGACAGUGAACUCCCUGUGUGGGAAACUGUUGAAUGGAAGCAGAUGAAAACCAAAAAACAAAAAAAAAAGUAAGCGAAAGAGAAGACACGGAAUACACGUUUACCUUCUUCUGAAAGGUACGGGAAAUAUAUAAGCAAAGAUGAGAAGCUAGAGGUGGCUGGUGGAGGUGCGGCUCCAUUAUCCUAAAAGCUUCCUCCACGUGCUGAGUCCUGGGACCAACUACAUAGAGAGGUAGAUUUUAAUAAGGUGGUUUUGUUUCGUUUCUGUUUUUACUACGGUGCUGAUGUAUAUGUAAUGUCUAAAAAAGUUAUUUGUAAAUAAGUUUUUACAAUACUGCAGAUAUCACUGGGUCUACUAUCUGUAAAAAAUAUACAUAUAAAUAUAUAUAUACUGUUUGUUUAAAAUAGAGUAUUUUUAUUUCAUUCCUUAACUCAUCGUCACAGCAGUGGUAUUGCACUUCAGAUGACAUCUAAUUACUAAUUUGUACUGUAUGACCUAUGGCAACUUGCUCCAUUUUAUUCAGAUUUUUCUAGUUUUCUGUUUUUACUUUGUACAUUGAGCAUUGCUUAUUUCCUUUUAAAAAUGUACAGACCUCUGAAAUGUAGAAAUGAAGUGAUGUUGACAUACCACUUUUAAAGAAAAAAAAAUAAAAAGUUAUC